ACCAAACUAGGGUUUUUGCUAACCCCAAUUUAAGACAUCUGAUUUUUCCCUCAGCCGUUAUCGUAUUCACAUCUCAGUAGCUCAGCCACAGCAGCCAUGGCCGUCGGGAAGAACAAGAGGAUUUCGAAGGGAAAGAAGGGAGGGAAAAAGAAAGCAGUUGAUCCAUUCGCAAAAAAGGACUGGUAUGAUAUCAAAGCCCCCUCAGUUUUCAAUACCAGAAACAUCGGCAAAACCCUAGUUACUCGUACCCAGGGUACUAAGAUUGCUUCGGAAGGACUUAAGCAUCGGGUUUUCGAAAUAUCCUUGGCUGAUCUUCAAGGCGAUGAAGACCACUCCUUCAGAAAGAUCCGAUUGAGAGCUGAGGAUGUUCAGGGGAAGAAUGUUCUAACGAACUUCUGGGGCAUGAACUUUACGACUGAUAAAUUGAGGUCACUUGUGAGGAAAUGGCAAUCACUGAUUGAAGCUCAUGUUGAUGUUAAGACUACUGACAACUAUACUUUGAGGAUGUUCUGUAUUGGUUUCACUAAGAAGCGUGUGAACCAACAAAAAAGGACUUGUUAUGCACAGUCAAGUCAGAUUCGCCAGAUCCGACGGAAGAUGCGGGAGAUCAUGGUUAACCAGGCACAAUCUUGUGAUCUCAAGGAUUUGGUUCAGAAGUUCAUUCCCGAGUCAAUUGGGAAGGAGAUUGAGAAGGCAACUUCUAGCAUAUACCCUCUGCAAAAUGUUUAUAUUCGGAAGGUUAAGAUCCUGAAAGCUCCCAAAUUCGACCUUGGCAAGUUGAUGGAGGUUCACGGUGAUUAUAGUGAAGAUGUUGGCGUGAAGUUGGACAGGCCUGCUGAGGAGCCAAUGGAUGAGGAAACUGAAGUUGUUGGUGCCUGAAUCAAUUUCGGGCUCCUAUACUGGCUUUUGAGAAGCUGGCGUUAAUUUCCUUGAAAGAUUUAUUUUUGGAGUGAUUUAGGAAAGAGUUUUUUACUUUGAAGAGGGUACAACACUGGGUUUCGGGACAAUUCAGAUAGAUAAAUGUAAUGUUCCUCUGAUCAUACAUUUUUCACAUUUAUUGUUAUUCUUAUCUGCCUAAUUCAUAUUUGUAUCUUUUCAUUCCA